AGUUUCUCUGUUUUAGAACAGUGUGUCCCUGGCCAUGAGCCUGACCAAUACCGGUGUUUACUUUACUAAACAGAUACGGUCGAGAUAAAGAGUUGUCGCCGUAUGGGGAAAAACUUGAACGCGCAUUUUAUGCACCUUCAGCGUCCCAGGACAUCGAGCUUGGAAUAAAUAAACGACUUAUGUAAACGCGGCCUUUUUGGUUGCGUCUACUUGGAUAAGUGAACUGAAGCUUAUCUACACGGUGUCUGACGUUGAUGGAUGCCUUGAAAUAGGACUGGGAAAGGCUUCAAAUAGCUAAUCCGAAAUUGGCUAAAGUCGGUGUUUUAACAGAAACCUACAGAUCCGGUCUCCGUGAACCGUUAUUCUACUUGAGGUUCUGAUAAAGUAACCCAAAAUACAAUGGCAGCAACUGCCCGGCGAAUACAGAUGGGUGUGCGGACAUUCAGUGAGUUUUUGGAGAUUGCUGUAGGCUCUGGGCGCUCACCAUGUCACACCGCGGGGUCAAGAGAACAUAUGAGACAGACUAUCAGACACUUGUCAUCAUGUGGUAUUGUAAUGACUAGGACUCCCAGAGUGCUUUGCCAUCAGCGGAAUUGGGACACAAUGACAUCAGUUCCCCACAGCAGAACCUUCAUGGGGUUCACAAAUAAGAGAAAGGAGUACUCCGAGCGGAGGAUACUGGGGUACUCUAUGCUGGAGAUGUAUGAUGUGGUAGCCAACGUGGAUGACUACAAACUCUUUGUCCCCUGGUGUAAGAAGUCCCAGACCAUCAUGAAGAGGGCAGGCCACUCCAAAGCUCAGCUAGAGGUGGGAUUCCCACCCAUCGUAGAGCGAUACACAUCCAUGAUCAGCGUGGUGCGACCCCACAUGGUCAAAGCGGUGUGCACAGAUGGAACACUUUUUAACCAUCUGGAGACGAUAUGGCGCUUCAGUCCUGGAAUCCCUGGUUAUCCCCGCACCUGCACUGUGGACGUUUCGAUCUCGUUUGAGUUCCGCUCCUUGCUCCACUCUCAGUUAGCAACUGUGUUUUUUGACGAGGUGGUAAAGAAAAAUGUGUCUGCCUUCGAGCGCCGGGCCGGCACGCUCUACGGCCCACAGACUCGCGUCCCACGGGAGUUAAUGUUCCAUGAGGUACACCAAACGUGAGGUCCAUCUGCCAUUGUGUGCCCUUGUCCCAAAACAGCCUGCACCUUCACCCUGGCUGUCCCCUGUAUCACCUAGCUGGACCUGCAUGACACUACACCACCAACCAUCUCCAUUGCCACCCAGGUGCCAUUAGCCUGGUCCCAGAACUGUUUGUGCCAUUUUGCCAACUCCUAGGGUCACACUGGCGUGAGACAGCACUGAGAUCUUGGACCAUCUGGGACCAGGCUAAGAUGCCACUUCGUGCAACCUCACAUCACAGAGUAAGGACCAAGCAACCAGUGUGGGCAUCAGCCCAGCUAAACACCCUUCACAACUAGUUGAAAGUCCCAUAUCUUAGCCUGGAUCAUGUCUUGUAAAGAUCUGCCAUCUACCUCCUCACAAGGGUUACUCUUCAAUGUUGCAUUGGUGCUUGUGCACACUUUAAAUAGAAGAAUCCUUCUUCCAAAUCUAGUUGUAAAACAAAAAAGCCACUACACAUAUUGGAACAGAUUUAAUGUAUUGCUGUGUAAGCGUGAGUGAACAGGACACAAUAUUGAGUCAACCAAUGACAUGGACCAUUUUGAGUCUGUCAUACAGUAUGUCUGUUGAUGCUUCAGAUUGUUGAAGAAUGGAUGCAGGUGCACUCCACUUACCUGCCACAUUAAAGCCGUACAUUCAUGUCAAA